UGUUCGAGGCGAUGUUUUCGCCCGCCUUUCUCUCUCUGCAUCCUCCUUCCCCAUCUUUUACUCUCUCUCUCUCUCUCAACCUUUACCUUUUGCUCGGUUCCAAAGCAUUGUGGAUUGACCAAAUCCAAACAAAUCACCCUUCUCCCCAACGCACAUGACUCUCUGCCCCGCCUCUUUCGCCAUCAGCAGCUGCUAACCCCGCACCACAUCUUGCACGUCCCAUGCAUGUACGAGUCCCAUUUAUCAACAUGCAGAUUGACAUUAUCAUAGGCAUCCUAGGAGGUUUUCGACUAGGAUCGUAAAUGUAAGCCGCAAGAACAAAAUGUGGAACCUGGCAGCAUAAUCUAUUUAGGACUGGCUUGGAUGCAGGUAGGCAGCUCGGUGGUGUAGUAUUUGCUGCCAUAGGAUUUGCAUUAGCAUAUCUUCAAGAUGAAUGCAGGAGAUACAGAUGGAAAUAUUAGUGUGGCAUGCACAUUUGGUGAACAACAGGUUUUUCCUAUGCUUCCGGUGGUAACUGAUGAUAUUAUGGCCCGACGGCUCAAGAACAGGGAGCGGCAGCGUAGGUACAGGGCGAGGAAGCGCCUUGAAUCAGAUAUGAAAAGGUCAUGCUUGCUGGGCCAACAUACAGCACUGGAAAACGAAACACAAGUUGAUUUUACUACUCUUCACUUCAAUUCCGGUGAAAUUUCAUUUCCAUCCGAAACAAACGUGAACAUCGCUUCUAUGAUGACCGAGGCAUGCGUGUACAGUGGCAGAAAAUGGAAAAAGGAUGCAAGAGAAGCUCAUGCAUCUAAAGAACCUGAAAACAUGUUGCACUGGUCACUUGUACACAUGAGAUCACCAUCAGAAUCGGAAACCGCCGUUUGUUACCGCAUACAUCAAACUAGUAGAAGAAAUUGGAAAGCUGAUGCAAGAACAAAAUCAAAGACCGGCAGUCAUGGAUGAACAUACCAAGUGAUACUUGUGUUUGUUUGUCUUUGUCAGGUACUCCUACUUUGUUAGUGCUAAACAAGAAUCUUACAUCAGUAGGUAAGACUUAAUGGAUGCCA